UGAGGAGCCAAAUAAGAAGGACUCGUAACUUCCACGUCGGUCUCAAGAAAGGGAUGGAGGAAACCAUAACGAGUCAUUCGUGGAUUUCAUCAACCUGUCCACGUAUUUCUCCCGCCCGCCCUUUGCAAACACCCCAGCAGAUCCAAUAACAGCCGCACUAUGGCGCAAAAGGCCGAUCGUGCAGCUAUCGAACAGGCCCAGGCAGUCCUCUACGAUGAAGGAACCAAGCUCCGGCAGGAAGUGUUGGGACUCAAGCACAUCGCCCAAUCCAAGGCCCUUCCCGAUUUCCUGCAGCCAGUCCAAAGCAUGGCAGUCACUGCCGGGUGGUCGCUCUGCUGGUCUAGGCCGGGCCUGGAGCGCAAGACACGAUCACUUCUCUGCUUGGUCAUGUUGGCUGUCCUCGGGCGCGAUAAUGAGCUGGGCGUCCAUGUCCAGGGUGCGAUAUCCAACGGCUGCACCAAAGAGGAGAUCCGUGAAGCUCUACUACAGGUCUCUGUCUACGCCGGAGUGCCCUGCGCGUUGAACGCUACCAAUAUUGCGUGGAAAGUUUUGGAGGGCAUGGAGGCCAACGGCCAUGGGGAGGUCGCUGCCAAGAGGACGCUGUAG